AAACAACAUGAAUGAUCAACAGUGUAUCUGUAAUAAAAAUAAGUGUAUGGAUAGUACACUAAUAUAUAUUUUGGUCCCAUGGAAAGACGUGUCACCAUACUGGGAUGCACUACUGCACUAAAUUGGAACACAUGUGGAUAUGCAGUAAAAGUUAUAAGAAACAAAAAUAAGAAUGUAAAUAUGUUCCAGAAUAAACAAUCAAGCGAAACACUAAAAUAACCCAACAUCUCUGACCAAAUUUGAGUAGUGUGUAUUGCAAAUGCAUGUGUAGAUCUCCAGUGGUUGCAAAAUAUUUCUUUCACUUUAAUGCAUAAUAUGCUUCGUGAGACAGUGGAGGUUGUCCUUUGCUGACACUGCAGCAUCUAUUAAUACAUUAUUAAGUAUAUUUUAGACAAAAACAAGAGUCAGUGCUGAGCCAACUCCCACCCAGUGUACUAUUGUUGUGUCUUCAACCUGUGAACAACGUCUACCGCAGGGGGGCGGGGGGCGUCCACACCAGCGAACAAUUUCUUGGUAUUUGUUUUUAUAAAACCUACCUUAAUUUUAAUCAUUACACAUCCUGGUGAUUAAAAUACAACACUUCCUCUUUAAGUAUGUCCUUGAACUGUAUUUUUCACGAGUUAAAUGUCUUAGCCGCGUUGAAAUGACAGUUAUUAUGUUCACUCGCCCCCCCUCCCGCUGCGGUGUGAUUUGGUACGGUCCAUAAUGUGAAGCGGCACAGUCCCCCUCACGUCAGUUUAUGGUAAGUCCGUGUCCACUCCUGCUUUACCGAGGGCGUCUAUCGCCUCUGUAAUCCGCCGUGUGAACCGGGAUGCUGGGGGAUCCAUGAAAGCCGUGUGCUCCUGGGCAUGCCUCUUGUCACCGCCAGGAAAUGAAUGUUUGUUUAUACCUCGUCCAUGUCUCUCUCUCUCUCUCUCUCUUUCUCCCACUAGCAGCAAACACGCAGCAGUAGUGUCCGCAUGAGAGAGGCUCCCCUCCUGAAUUUUAGCCGUUUUUUUUUUUUGACAUUCUCUGACGGUUGAGAAGCAGCAGCCACACGGAGCACAACUAACAAGCCGCGGCCGCUUGACAGGUGCCGUCGCCCGGCUCUGCGUGGAGAGAUGCCGCCCGUCCAGAGAACGAUGUCCGAUCUUCGUACCCGGGCUGAAGGAUAUGAAAAGACAGAAGACGCAUCCGAAAAGACAUCCUUAGCUGACCAAGAAGACGCCCGACUGAUACACCUCAACCAGCCGCAGUUCACCAAGUUCUGCAGCAAUCGAGUCAGCACGGCCAAAUAUAAUGUCCUCACCUUCCUUCCCCGCUUCCUCUACUCGCAGUUCAGGAGGGCAGCCAAUGCCUUCUUUCUCUUCAUCGCGCUCUUGCAGCAAAUCCCAGAUGUGUCUCCCACUGGACGCUGGACCACUCUGGUGCCGCUGCUCUUCAUCCUGGUGGUGGCUGCUGUCAAAGAGAUCAUUGAAGAUCUGAAACGCCACAAUGCUGACAGUGUUGUCAACAAAAAGGAAUGUCAAGUAUUGAGAAAUGGUGCUUGGGAGAUUGUGCACUGGGAGAAGGUGGCUGUUGGGGAAGUAGUCAGAGCUGCAAACGGGGAUCACCUCCCGGCUGACCUCGUCAUUCUGUCCUCCAGUGAACCACAGGGAAUGUGCUACAUUGAAACAUCUAACUUGGACGGAGAAACAAACCUUAAAAUCAGACAGGGUCUCCAAGUGACUGCAGACAUAAAGGACAUCGACAGUCUGAUGCGUCUCUCUGGGCGGAUGGAGUGCGAGAGCCCAAACCGUCAUCUGUAUGAGUUUGUUGGGAACAUCCGCCUGGACAGACACAGUACGAUACCACUGGGUCCCGACCAGAUCUUACUGAGAGGAGCCCAGCUGAGGAACACUCAGUGGGUGCAUGGCGUGGUGGUCUACACUGGACACGACACAAAGCUCAUGCAGAAUUCCACUCGGCCUCCUCUGAAGCUGUCCAACGUGGAGCGGAUCACCAACUUUCAGAUCCUGGUGCUGUUUGGCUGCCUGCUGGCCAUCUCUCUGGUCUGCUCCAUCGGCCAAACUAUCUGGAAGUACCAGUAUGGCAACGAUGCCUGGUACAUGGACCUCAACUCUCCAGAUGGCGGGGCAGCUAACUUUGGCCUCAACUUCCUCACCUUCAUCAUCCUGUUCAACAACCUGAUCCCCAUCAGUCUCCUGGUCACACUGGAGGUUAUCAAGUUCAUCCAAGCCUUUUUCAUCAACUGGGACACUGAUAUGCUCUAUGAGCCCACAAACACACCUGCCAUGGCUCGCACCUCCAAUCUGAAUGAAGAGUUAGGCCAGGUAAAAUACAUUUUCUCCGACAAGACGGGGACCCUGACCUGCAAUGUGAUGCAGUUCAAGAAGUGCACCAUUGCUGGUGUUGCCUAUGGUCACGUCCCUGAGGCUGAGGAUGGUAGUUUUGCAGACGAUGACUGGCACAGCACACAAUCGUCAGAGGAGGCAGGAUUUAAUGACCCGAGCUUACUGGAAAACCUCCAGAGUAAUCACCCUACAGCUGCUGUCAUCCAGGAGUUCAUGACCAUGAUGGCCAUCUGUCACACUGCUGUCCCUGAGCGCACGGAUGGAAAUAUCACCUACCAGGCUGCAUCUCCAGAUGAAGGAGCUCUGGUGAGAGCAGCGCGAAACCUCGGCUUUGUGUUCUCUGGCAGAACCCCAGACAGCGUCAUUAUGGAAAUGCUCGGAACAGAGGAGAAGUACGAACUACUUCAUGUGCUGGAAUUCACAAGCGCGAGGAAGAGGAUGUCAGUCAUCAUGCGCACCCCAUCUGGGAAGAUCCGCCUCUACUGCAAGGGAGCGGACACGGUGAUCUAUGACCGUCUGGCAGACAGCUCGAGGUACAAAGAGAUCACGUUGAAGCACCUGGAACAGUUUGCAACUGAAGGCCUGCGUACCCUGUGCUUUGCGGUGGCAGAUGUCAGUGAGUCGUCCUAUCAGCACUGGCUGGAGAUCCAGAACAGAGCCUCCACCUCCCUCCAGAACAGAGCCCUUAAACUGGAAGAGAGCUACGAGCUGAUAGAGAAGAACCUGCAGCUGCUGGGGGCUACGGCCAUAGAGGACAAGCUCCAGGAUAAGGUGCCUGAGACCAUUGAGACUCUGAUGAAGGCGGACAUCAAGAUCUGGAUCCUGACGGGAGACAAACAGGAAACGGCCAUUAAUAUUGGACAUUCCUGCAAACUGCUGACCAAGAACAUGGGCAUGCUGGUAAUCAAUGAAGACACUCUUGAUAGAACAAGGGAGACGCUCAGCCACCACUGUGGAAUGCUGGGAGAUGCCCUCUACAAGGAGAACGACUUUGCUCUCAUUAUUGACGGGAAGACUCUCAAAUACGCCCUCACAUUCGGAGUGCGACAGUACUUCCUGGACCUCGCCCUGUCCUGUAAAGCUGUCAUAUGCUGCAGGGUAUCACCUCUUCAGAAGUCGGAGGUGGUGGAGAUGGUAAAGAAGCAGGUGAAGGUGAUCACGCUGGCCAUUGGUGACGGUGCUAAUGACGUCGGAAUGAUCCAAACAGCUCACGUCGGUGUGGGAAUCUCAGGCAACGAGGGACUGCAGGCCGCAAACUCCUCCGACUACUCGAUUGCCCAGUUCAAAUACUUGAAGAAUCUGCUGCUCGUCCACGGAGCCUGGAAUUACAACCGCGUAGCCAAGUGUAUCCUGUACUGCUUCUACAAGAACAUUGUCCUCUACAUCAUUGAGAUCUGGUUCGCGUUCGUCAAUGGCUUCUCAGGCCAGAUCCUGUUUGAGCGCUGGUGCAUCGGCUUGUACAACGUGAUCUUCACUGCCCUGCCUCCUCUCACUCUGGGAAUAUUUGAGCGCUCAUGCAGGAAAGAAAACAUGUUGAAAUACCCGGAACUCUACAAAACCUCCCAGAAUGCAAUGGGCUUUAACACCAAGGUCUUCUGGGCCCAUUGUCUGAACGGCCUCUUCCACUCCGUCAUCCUCUUCUGGUUCCCCCUCAAAGCUUUCCAGCAUGAUACAGUUUUUGGCAAUGGAAGAACUCCAGACUAUCUCCUCUUAGGCAACAUGGUUUACACAUUUGUUGUCAUCACAGUCUGUCUUAAAGCCGGCCUUGAGACCUCGUCCUGGACCAUGUUCAGUCACAUCGCCAUCUGGGGAAGCAUCGGCCUGUGGGUGGUGUUUUUCAUUAUCUACUCCUCCCUGUGGCCCCUCAUCCCUCUGGCUCCCGAUAUGUCAGGAGAGGCGGCCAUGAUGUUCAGUUCGGGGGUCUUCUGGACGGGCCUGGUCUUCAUCCCAAUCACCUCGCUGGUCUUUGACGUGGCCUACAAAGUGGUGAAGAGGGUGUGUUUCAAGACUCUGGUGGAUGAGGUGCAGGAACUCGAGGCUUUGUCCAAAGACCCAGGAGCAGUGGUGCACGGAAAGAGUUUGACGGAGAGGGCCCAGCUCCUGAAGAACGUCUUCAAGAAGAGCACAGUCAGUUUGUACCGUUCUGACUCCAUGCAGCAGAACCUGCUCCAUGGCUACGCCUUCUCUCAAGACGAGAACGGAGUUGUGUCUCAGUCUGAGGUCAUCAGAGCGUACGACACCACCAAACAGAGGACCAACGAGUGGUGAGCCGCCGGGCCGAUCGGAGCCACAGCAGCCGUUUCUGGUGGCGACAUUUGAAGCUCAACGUGGAGAAGACGAGGCGCGAGCGAGUGCCUCCAACACUGAGGAGAUUUUUUUGGGACGUGAAUAUUAAACGGACAGAAGAGAGAGAGAGAGAGAGACAUCGAGUUGUGUUUGAAAAAGGGAAGAAAAAAAAAAAAAACAAGGAACAAAACAAAACCGUGUUCACUUUCAGCCGUAGUUGUGUGUCCAGCAGACAUGAUGAGCACUGUGCUUUCUUAGCAGUCUGUGGUCUGAAGUUCUUCACUGUUCUCGCUCAGUUUGUUGGAGUGAACGUCUCCUCUCUAUUGAAACUCCUUUAAAUUAAAUCUAAAUCAAACAACACUGUUAUUAUAGAAGUCAGAAACACUGGACGAGGAUUAGUUUUAGAGGAUUUCAACUUGUCAAAGAUUGCCAGAGAGCAGUCGUGUAUACAAUCUUCCAAGUACUCGUGAAUUCGGAAAAAAACCUUUAAGCCAAAUGUAAUCACACUCCUGAGUGUAUUCCAGCACUAAACGGACCACUUCAGAGCAGACAUGUGUAAUAUUUAAAUUUUCUUUUUUGCACUUAACAAAGCAUCUAUUGUGUAAAGCCUUACAUUUGCUCAUGCCUUCAUCCUUUUCUUCUUUUUAAAAAUGCAUUUCUUUUCUUGUUAGUUUCAUUUAUAAUGUAUGUAGAUAUCGUGCCUGGUUUUUAUUUAUUUAUUUUUCCUUUUUUUUUGUUUUUAAAUUUCUGUUUUUAUGAAGUUGCCUCCUGCGACCUCCUGUAAUCCUGUGUCCACCGUUUUCACAGCAGAAGCAUUGCUCUCGACAGAUAAUAGCAUUCCACACAUCACUCCUGUCUCAAUCACGACGGUGCCUACGUAGACCUUUUCCCUCACAGAAGAAAAAGACAGCCAAGAAUAGUUUAGCCAGCUAGCUUAGACCAGUGCUCCACACACACACACACACACACACACACACACACACUCCUCCUGAAGACAAAGUCACUGUCUCCCCACCACAGUAUUGCACUCGUACAAUGUGAAAACUACAGAGUGCCUUGUGGCACAUGUAUGAAGUCAGAUUUGUUCCUGCGGAGGCGGACGGGAGGCUUCUCUGACGGUCUGGUCGAAGGUCACAGCGGUGAUAGUGUUUCCCUUAAAAUGGAGAUUUUAUCCUUCUAACAUAAGUGCCAUUAGCUUAAGGGAGAGAGAGAAAUUUUAGCCAGGAAGAAACUCCACGACAAUAUCAAAAAUACUUUGUCUCUAUAGUUAUUUUGUGGAUUUGUAUUUUUAUAUUGGAGAUGUAUGAAUUUUGCAUUGACUGGCUUUGUAAUGAACUGUCUGUAACUUUUAGUUUUUUCUUCCUCUGAUAAACUGGCAGGUUAUAGAAUAGAUGGAACGAGGAAACGGAGCUUUCUUACAUGUCUUGUUAUUAUUAAUAUUAAUAUCGUUACAGCUUGAUUUAUUUAUAAUUGACUACUUAAUGUCCGUGUGAUUGCUUUCUUCUCCCUAUGGGAGAUCAGAUUUCUGACGGUGUGUGUGAAGCGUGUGUGUCGGUUUAUUGCCUGCAUGUGCAUGUGCUGUAUGUAUGUGUGUGUAUGUAUGUGUGUGUAUGUGUCACCUCUACUGUGGAUUAACGUCUAUGUAUGCAUUGCAUGUCUGUGUCUUCUAUGUGAGACCGGGAGCGUCUCGGUCCUCCUGGUGUGUUUCUUUAAUCGUGUGUGUGUGUGUGUGCGUGCGUGCGUGCGUGUGUGUGUGUGUGUGUGUGUGUGUGUGUGGUGGCGCUUGCUCCAGUUGUCCGUCUGCACGACUCCAGGUGUAUCUAUGGUGUACUGCUGUGUGCUGAUGCAUGGCCCGUCUGGGAACGUGUGUGUGUGGGUGUGUGUGUGUGUGUCAAACUCGACGGUGAGAGUUUCUGACGCUCGGCUCGCUUUCGACAGGAGAUGUUGCACAAAGCACUCGAUGUACCUUUUCCAGUCGUGGAUCUCUGGUAUUAUCUGGUUUCAGUCUAUGAUUUCUCUCGUAGUACACGUUUGUUUCUUCAUGCAGUGUAGCUCUGCUUUACAGGGAAGCUCUCGUGUUUCUCAGCUUCACGAAAGGGGUUUAUUACCAUUAAUUUUCCCCCCCGCUGGUCUUUUAAGUGUUUAAAAAUCGGUCGUCAUCUCGUCGAAAAAACAAAAUAAGUUCCAAACUGCUGAAUGUGGAUGUCGUCGUUGUGGAAGGCUUGGACUGUUGCUUUCUUUCUCCAGAAAACAUAAAAAACACACGUUGUUGUCCGUGGAAGUCGUGGGCUGCAUGAAUGGAUUAACACAAACUGUUCUCUGAGAUGUUUAACUGUACUACUUUGAUUCUCCCUCGAGUGUUGAUCACUUCACAAAAGAGAAAAAAAAAACAAAAAAAACAACGCACCUUUUAACUUUUUUCUUUUUACGAUAUUUUGUUUCUGUUCUGUCAUUUUGUUCGAUGAUUGUUCUGCAUGUUGGGACUGCAAACUUAAUAAGUGUCGUCUUUUACUGCCAUGAAGGACUACUGAAAUAAACUUUACAAUCAUGAAGGAAACGAUA